UCUCCCUCUCCCUCUCGCUCUCUAAUCUCCUCCACCUUUCCCCUCACUCUCUCUCCCUUUCUUCCUCGCCAAGUCUCUCUCUCUCUCUCUUCUCUUCUCUGUGUUUCUUGGUUUUAGGUGUUAAGGAUUUAAAGCUCUAAGUGCGUGGAUUUGAUUUGUUCAUAAAAUACUAAUAUGUUGUUGGGGAAGAGACCUCGUCCUCAGAUAAGGAGAACCACAAGCUUGACGGAAUUCACUUUGGAUCUAAGUAUCCCAGAAGAAACUCAGGCGACAUCUGAAGGCUCUUCCAGAAGGAACCAACAGGGUAACGGUGGCGACGACGGUGGCUCAGAUGGGUUUGAUUAUCGACUCAUGGCCGCCACUGUCUCUCCAAGACCAACUCAUAAGAAGAAUUCCAACAAUUUCAUCCAGACACCUCACUUCUUGAAAGCCUGUAACCUCUGCAAUCGCCAUCUCGGCCCGGGUCGUGACAUUUACAUGUACAAAGGUGACACGGCGUUCUGCAGCUUAGAAUGUAGACAGAAGCAAAUGAACAAAGAUGAACGGAAGGAGAAGUGCACAUUGGUUUCGAAGAAAGAUGAAUCGGAAUCUUCCUCAACUAAAGGAGAGACGGUCGCCGCUGCAUAGGCUUGCAGAGAGAGAGAGAGAAAGAAAGAUUAAAGUUCCAGUCAUUACUCAUGAUCUGUUUCCCUUACUCUCUCUCUCUCUCUGUAUCUCUCUCUCUCUAUAUAUAUAUUUGUGAAAAAAGUAGAUUUUUAGAUGUACUGUGAUGGGAAAAAGCUUAUAAAUAUGAUGUGAGAAGGCAAGCUUCAGUUUUUUCUCAACAUGCAACUGAGCUCAGUUUAGUUACUGUGAUUUGAAUUCUCAUCA